CAUUAUUGUGCAACAACCGAUUCGCAUUGUUUCAACUUUAACAAAAGUCUUCAGCAAAUUAACAAGUCGCAAUUCGAGCUCCUUCUAAAAAAACGAAGAGAAAAUGGCUGAAAUGAAAGAAACUGAAUUGCCAAAGCCGUCGGUUCCCGAGCUCUCCGUCACUCUAAACAGAUUCUUGGAAGGAAUCAAAGCAAUUGUCCCCGGUGACAAAUACCAGGAAGCUCGCAGAUUGGUCGAAGAUUAUAAAACGUUAGGCGAAAUGCAAAAGCUGCAGGGGUUCUUGAAGGAAUAUGCAGAACGCCAUGAAAAUUACAUAACCGAGUUCUGGCUGAACGAUAUGUAUUUAAAAAAUCCUUUGCCACUGCCCAUCAACUCCAAUCCAUUCUUCCUGCUGCCGAAGCGAGAAUUCAAAACGGAUGACGACAGAUUUCGAUUUAUAGCGAGAUUUAUCAUCUUUUCGCUUAUGUUCAAGCAAAGAGUUGACAGCGGUGAAUUAAAACAAGAAUUUUCUGGGGGACAAAAGAAAGGGAAUGCGCUUUCCAUGGCCACGUAUCAUCACUUCUUCACGGCUUACAGAAGACCAGGCGCGACUAAAGACCAGCACGUUUUUAGUGAAGGCGGCAGCAGACAUAUCAUUGUCAUCUGCAACAAUCAGUUAUUUGUGUUGAUGAUACCCGGUAGAAUAGCUCUUCCGAGUGAAAAAGCGCUGGUAGAAAAACUUCAGAAAAUCGAUACUCUCAGCAAGCUGGAGCCACACUAUCCACCAGUGGGAAUUCUCACGGCUCUCAAUCGAAAAGAAUGGGCGAGGAUAAGAGAACGAAUGAUCGAAAACGAAAAUAAUAAAGAGUCCAUUCGGAAUAUUGAAAAUUGUCUGUUUGUGGUGUGCAUGGACGAAUCGAACGAAGGGGCGAGGAAACAAACGACAUCGAAGAGCUUUUCGGACGGGAGUUUGGAAGAGAUGGCCCACCACAUUCUUCACGGAAAUAAAACAGAACAUUCCACCGUUAACAGAUGGUUCGAUAAAUUUAUUCAGGUAAAAUUUAUUCGUUGCAAACAACAAACACAAUAGG